AUGCCCAAAAUUUCAUCUCACCCUCGACAUUCUGAGGAGAAGAAGAAUCAAUUUAUUGGGGCAAUGUUGGUUCAACCCGAUAUCAAAAGCCAUGCUGCUCGAUUCGGAAUCCCAUAUGAAACUGCUCGUAAAAUCUGGAAGAAGUAUCGGGAUACCGGUUCCGCCAAGAACAGACCUCCGAGUGGUCGUCCAAAGAAGGUCACUGGAGAAAUGGAAGCCAACAUCAUCCAGACCGCCCGCGAAAAUCGGCGCAUGCCAUUCGGUGACAUUGGCAACAUGAUGGAUCCGCCCAUCAGCGACACGGCAGUUGGGAAGGUCCUGGACAGUGUGGGAAUGCAUCGAAGGGUUGCCAGGCACGUCCCCUUCCUCACAGAGAUGCACAAGGAGGAUCGACUUGAGUGGGCAACUGCAAACAAGGGACGGAGCAUGCGCGCUUGGGAAAAGAUCAUGUGGUCAGAUGAGUGUUACGUUCAUUUGAAUGGGACAAGUGGGCGGGUGUGGGUGACACGGACAUCGGAUGAGGUUUAUGAGGAGAGCUGUCUUGUCCCGGCUUUCAAGCAGUCACCUGUGCGGGUCAUGGUUUGGGGGUGCAUUGCACAUGGAUGGAAGGGCCCGCUUGUCAUUCUCAAAUACCCGGGUGGGAAAGGCAGCGGAAUGACAGCCGAGCGGUACCAGGAUCAGGUCCUCAAGCCACAUUUGAUGAAUGCAAUCAACGAAUUGCGUCAACAACGCAGUCGCCGAGUAAAAAUCCAGUUCCAGCAGGAUGGGGCAUCAUCCCACACCGCACACUCAUCGAUUGAUUGGCUAGAGAAUCACAAAAUCCCCAUCUUUCUCCAUCCGGCCAACUCCCCCGAUCUUUCCCCCAUUGAACCUGUCUGGCACGAGCUCAAGAAGUGCAUUCGAGCUCGGAUUCUGCGCCCCACAACGUUCGAAUCACUCAAAACUGCGAUUUUGGAGGAGUGGGAGAAAUUGCCAAUUGAAGACAUAAAUAAGUACACGGGCACAAUGGUCAACCGUGUUCAGGCUGUAUUAGAUGCCGAAGGAGGUCACACAAGAUAUUGA